AUCACUUCCACUUUGUGUUCCCGGCGAUGCAAAGCUUCAAUACGUUUGCAAAUUAUAAGCCGAGCAGUCGUUCAGGAAAUAUAAAGAUGUUAAAAUUUUGGAAAAUUUCUUUGUGCUUGUUAACAAUUCUUGAUUUAGCAUUUUGCGCCAAAGUUCGUUCAGGAAAAAGCGCUGGAAGAGUUUCAAGAAGACAAUUAAUUGUCAAGUGCUGUGGGAAGAAUUCAUGUGUAAAUCACGCAACAAAAAUUAAGACUGAUCCAAGACAACACAACAGUUACACUGUGCAAAAUUUAAGCAGUCAAGUUGAACUAGUUACGAGCAGCAUGACUAGUUUAGCCACAAACAUUUUUGAUCAAACUGCAAUAAUAUCUGCAACUUUCACUACAAAAGAAAUGACAAAAGAAAUCACACAAAAGCCCAUAACUCAAAUCGAUGAUGUUACUUAUUAUUCUACAAAAGCACACAAAGAGACGACAACAACCACAGCCCUAUUGCAACGCAGUGACUCGACCCAAGUUAAUAUUUUGACCCAGACAACUAACCUAUUGAAUCAAAUGGAUACUAAAACUUUAUUUCAAACUACAACACUAACUGAAUCUACAACAUUAAUUGACUCUAAAAUUACCUCAACUACAAUCUCCAACCCAACAACAAAAUUCACAUCAACUCCCAUCUUAAUCCCAACAACUCUAAUCCCAAAGGUGCUUCCGGUGUGUCCAACAAUUUGUUCCAAAGAGGAGUCGUUCUUUGCAAAAGAUGGAACAUUAAUUGACCCCCUUAGUCAUGGAUUUUGGGCAGAGGCGUGUGGACAGUCGUUCGUUUUUGGAAAGCGAUUGGCUAAUUGGGAGCAAAAUGUGGAUUUCUGUUGCAAACUUAACAUGCAACCAAUCAUGCUUGAGAGCAGUGCUAAGCAAGAAUGUUUUAACACUUUCAUUAAUGGGUACAAUUGGAAGUACAACUCUCGAUACUGGACGUAUGGGGUGCGCUCUAAUGCAACCGAAUUAGGGUGGUGUGGCAGCAAUAGCAGUGUAUUAAAUGCAUGGGACACCGAUGAACCAAACAACCUGAACAAAACAGAAAACUGCAUUCAGAUGAAAAUUAGUAGGACGUAUAGCACCGUUUUCCUUAGUGACAAACCCUGCGCUGAUGUCACGGCCUUUGCUUGCCAGGGCUCUCCAACUCCAAAACCAUCUUGCACUUCACCUACUUGUCCAAAUUAUCAGUGUGUAAAAGAUAAGAAUUUCUACGCCAGUAUGGAAAAUGAUCCGGACACAACUUACUUAAGAGACCCGAAACAGCAUGGCCAUUGGAUAGACGUGGGUUCAAGAAGAUACGUCUUUAGUCUGGCAACAAAUAAAAAGAGUUUCAAUGAUUCUCUGUCCGCAUGUUGCUCCAUUGGAGUGAAGCUUCUCAGUCUCCAUCAGGAUUUCAUGUUUGAAACUUUAACAAAUGCUUCAACAGCUUUAAACGAGACGAAAAAUGUAUUUUGGACUUCGGCAACGGACACGGGGUGCAUUGGAUAUGCAGGCUACUGUUCUACAAACCGUCUCAUUCGAAAUGAAGCAAAAUGGGCCUCUGGUCAGCCUGACAGCUCCAACGGAACAAAACACUGCGUUGCCGUGGAAGUUACGCAAAGUUCGUCUUUACUUUUCAUGGAGGACUGUAAUAAACAAUUGCAAUACAUUUGCGAGGGGCGCAGUAAAAUGGGCUCUUUGUCGGCAAUGGUAGAAGAAGAGUGUCGCAUUCCUUACCACUUAUCUAAAGAACAAGUGCAAAAAUUACUCAUUACUAAGCCGGAGAAUAUACAUGAUAAGUGCUUCAUUAAAUGUUACGGUGAAGGAAUGGGACUGCUCGUAAAUGGCAAGCUCAAGGAGGAUCUUAUUUACGCUCAAAUGGGAACAAUUACUUCGUAUGACGUUAAAAAGUUAAUGGAAUCAUACGCAGUGAUGGAUAUGUGCACCAACACAACACGAGGGAUGGAUGCGUGCGAUCAAGCAGCCGAGCUGCUCAAAUGUGGCCAGGAAAAUUCCCCAGAGGCACUAGCUUCACUUAUGAACUCCUUGGAAACUUCCAUGAUUGAAGUUCCAUUACCUCUACCACCUUCUACUGCCAUUUGUCCGAAUAAUGUAGAAUGCAACGUUUAUGAAGAUUACAAAAUUAGUUUUGAUUUGAAAAAAGACAAUGAUAAAAUGAGUACGACUUUCGGCAAUGGCAUAGUUAAGCAUGGAUGCAACAAAAAAUACUUCUUGUUGUCUUUCAUUCAACAAACAAGUAUAGCCAAAGCAAUUGAGCAUUGUUGCUCAAUGGGACUGCGUCUAGCAACAAUUGAUACAAAAUCAGAGCACGACUGCUUGCUUGCAAAUAACAUAACAAACUAUUAUGCUGGCGAGUACGUAGUUGCAGCUUCCAUGCUUGGAAAAAUAGGGCGCCCUAUAUGGUGUUUUUCCAGCGCACCUUUUAACACAUCAUGGUUCGGUUCACAAUCGUUGACAAACGAGACUGAUCCCACAAGGUACACAGUUAAUUUGCGUUUCAAGCAGCCAAACGCGAUUGCUGUGAGUUAUUUUGAUCUUGUAUCACUAGCACUUUGUCAGUCUGUGUAGAGCAUUGUUUUUUUAAUUUUUUCAAAAAAUUAAUGAUUUUUUUGUUGCUUAAUUUUCCUAAAUUUUCAUUGUUAGGAAAGUUUUUUUAUUUAAGUUUCAUUAAUUCUGGAUCUUUGCUAAUUGUACCAUUCUGAUUCUAAAUAAAUGGGAAUUAAAACAACUGUUUUGAACUAAAUCAGGGUAAAGAACUUCUUUAGAUUAAGUGAUUUUUUUAGAUGGACGUUUUGAAAGAAAAAAAUUAUUAUAUAAAGAUUUUUUAAUAAAUUCGACCGGUUCAAAACAAUCGUGCCUUUUCUUAAUUUAUUUAUUUAAAAAUUAUAAAAUUAAUCAUUUCAAUCUUUUUCUUACUUAUAAAUAAAUUUUUGUUGUGCACCUGAGACAAGAUAAGUUGAAUAAAGCUAUUUUUGGCGCGAGGUCGAUCAAUUGCUCAGCAACAAUAAUUUCCCCCGAGCAUUUACGUCAAACGCGCGUGAAUAAUUUAAAGGGCACUUCCGCACCUGACUAGUGAGAGGAGAGCAGGUGGAUAAUACGAGAAUUUCAAAUGUGCUGUGUUGAGGGGUUUAAGUAGUGCAAUAUGAGUGAAUUGUGCACGGUGGCCCCACACGCUAACGCCUUCAUUCGUCCGAAAAGCUUGAGUCGAGGCGAAAGAAUGUGGAGAAACAUUUUGCGUGUCUGAAUGGAAUUAUUGCCGCGAAUAUGCGGAUGUUGAGCGACAGAUCAAUACGAAUGAAUUUUGUAUAUGAACAGCUGGAAAAUUAUUAUUUAUCUUGAAUAAAACUAUAAUUCCAUUUCAAUCAAAAUUGAUGAAACAAUUGAAGAAUGUUUAAUU